AUGUCUCUCCAGUGGCUGUGUUACGUUCCCGGCGACCGCACUCCCGAGCUCAGAAGUGUGAUGCGCAGGGGUAACCGGUCUUCAAACAAUCAAGAGAAAACUGGAAAAGGUGAUGAAUAUUGA